AUGACAGAUCCUCAGCCCGGCGAGCACGUUCAGCAGGAGAUGACCCAAGGGAUUACCGAAUAUUUAUACGGCAUACUUCCUAAUACCCCCGACUCCGUGGUUCGGGACAAGGCUAAGCAGGCCAUCGUCCAAAGUCAGUCGCCGAACAGCAACCUCUCCUACGAGGGGCUCGUUGCCGAACGGGCCUUUUCUGACGAGAACUUUCUGCGUAAAUGGAAACCGAUUUUCGAACCUCGUUGCUAUGCGGACCCGGCCGGAGACCAUCCCGGGCCGAUGAACGAGCUCUCUGCGCCCAUCAAGGUGGCUGUCAUCGCUGCUGUAAUUGCAUCUAUGAAGGAAUCUUCCCCAGGAACCGAUGGCCUCCGCUUUACCACCUUGCGGGCAAUCCCCGUAGAGGUCAUCACCAUUCUGUUCAACCUGCUACUACUAAGAGGCAAUUCCAGCAACAUCUUCACCUCCCGGGUGACUUUCAUCAAGAAGCUUGAGGUGCCCGGCGAUCCUCUGCAGUUCCGUCCCAUCGCCAUCAGGAAUUACUUCGUGCGUGUCUUCCAUCAAGUACUUGCAAGCCGACUUGAGGCAUCCCUCCCUAACUCAAACGUCUUGACGGGAUUGCCAAAAUGUCCUCAAACUGAAUGCGACCCUACACACGGCCCGCGCCAAACGCGAGAACCUGGUGAUCGCAUCAGCGAACAUUCGAAAAGCAUUCGACCCAGUCUCCCACGAGGCAAAACUAGGCAUACUCCAACGGAAGGAGGUCCCUGA